UUAUUCUGAAGCAACAUUUCCACCGGAAGUGACGUUCCUUCCCAAGCAAGUGUUUUCCGGCCGACGUGAAAACAACCGAAAAGUGGCCUUUUUGAGAGCGUUGUGGUUUGUUUCAUUGAACUCUAAUCGCUAGCGAGGAGAUAUAUCCCUCGAGAACCAGCGACAAGUUGUUACCUUUGUUUAUUUGGCGUUUGAUUUGGUCAAAUUCUCGGUGCAGCCGGCUAGCUCGUCUUAAGCUUAGCCAACAUGGCGGAUUGAUUCAUGUUGACAGGUGUGCAAUUGAUCGGCCAACUCCCAAAUAUUUGAGGUCAAAUUUUUUUUCUCUCUUCAGUUUCAAUAGUAUCUUAACCCCGAUGUUAGUUGUCUGCGAAACGCUAUUUGACUUUAGCGAUACUUUGUCAUGCUCCUGAGUUGUCUGCUGGUGAGCCUCAAGUCGUUUUGUUCAAGAAUUCCUUUGGCCCACAAAACCUUAGUUCGCAAUGCCUCAACGGCGAUAAAACCACAUCAGACCUCAAGUUUGUGUCGGGGCAGCAUGAACGAAAUGGAGCCCAACGGCAUCUCCCGGAGCGAGGACACUCGGGCUGUGGUUUCCCACCCGGAGGGUUCUCAUCCUAAAUCUGAUCAAGAGGAUGCCGCUUCCCCAAGCCCCAUUGGUCUCGGGAGGGCUUCUAAACCAGAGAAGGAGACUCGAGGCCGGGAGCCCGUGGGGACCCGAGCCCCCAACAAGUCGGGCGUCAAGCAAGAGUCGAGGAAGAGGGGACGGCGAGCAGACGGCGAGCAAGGUGCCGGGAAAAGCAAGAAGAAGAAGCCGAUCCAACGACCCAACUAUUUUGUCUCCAUCCCCAUCACCGACGCGCAGAUCGGUUCGGCGGUGAGCGAGGUCCAAGAGGCGGUGCUGCGGCGCGAGCCUCGCUUGGCCAAAGCCAUGAUCCCCAUCCCCACGCUCCACCUCACGCUUCUCGUCACCCAUCUGGCCGACCGAGAGCAAGUGGACCUGGCGGCGGCGACGCUGGCCCAGGCGGAGCCGUCCUUGGCCGAGCUGCUGGGCGGGGCCCGACUGGUGCUGCCCUUCUCGGGCGUGGCCCACUUCCGAAACGACGUGGUGUUUGUCGCCCUGGGCCCGGGACCGCACACUGACGUGCUGCGCAGCCUGGCAGAGUUGCUGCGCGCUCGUUUGGAGGAGCGAGGUCUGGCGGAAGGCGACGUGGCUCGUGGCUUUCAACCUCACCUCACCAUUUUCAAGCUGUCCAGAGCACCCAAGCUCCGAUCGCAGAGCACGGUUGUCUUCUUCCCGAAGGGCAUCAAGCACGUGGACCCGUCCCUCUACUCGGCUUAUGCCUGCAGGUUUUUUGGCGACCAGACGGUGGAGCGUCUGGAUCUUUGCUCCAUGCUGAAGACAAAGCAGCAGGACGGCUACUACCACACUGAGACGUCACUGCAACUCGGCAGUCGACGCCGGUGUGAGCCUGACGAGGCAGAGCUUCUGCGCAUCAGCAAGCGAUUGGUGGAAGAUGCCGUCAGUCGCGCCGUGCAGCAGUACCAACGGGAAACCCUCCAGAACGGAGGCCAACCCAACGCAGGGCGCCCGCCCGGAAACGCCGACAGGAGCGCGGAGACAAAAACGACGGACGUCAGGGAGUGAUGUGAUCGGGCCCAGAGCCCACCGGAAGCCCUGAGAGCAGGCAGGACGCUGAGCGGCAAAACGUCCCGUCCGCUUGGCCGUAACCUUGACGGCGAGCCCGGCGGAAAUUGGCUAAAGGCCGGUUGAUUGCGCCAGCUCGCCCUUUGCUGACUUCUCCAAGCUGGACUGUGGUCGCUCGCUAUUCCUAGCGGGCCCAAAAGUGUCACAAGGCGAGGAGCCUGUUGGCCAAUUGCUACUAUACUAGUGUGCUAAUGCUCUACUUUUGAGAUGGAUCAGAAUUGACGAAAGCUGACUCACCAAAACCGAGCGCUCGGUGGGAUUUAAAAGCACGACGCGUUUUGUAGUUGUUGCAUUUUAAUUUGGACAUCUGUGAGCGAGCGUGAAAUGUCUUCUGCUAGUGCCCAGCGGAGGCAGCGGUGAGACAGUCAGACAAAUGAAUCCGCACACAAAAACAAAAAGUCAGAAAACCCUAAUCGUGCUAACGUGUGUGUGUGUGUGUUUGGUAUAUAUUUUUGAAUACUUUUAACCCUCGCACUUGUUUUGAACGCGUUUGAUUUUUUGGGGGGUGUAAAACUACAUUAAAAAAAGUUUUAAUCCAUGUUAAUGAUA